AUGUCUCUACACCGUACUCCCCCAGGAUAUCUAUACCGCACAGGCUUUAGCAGAGAAUUUUUUCUCUUAGAUGAUGUACAAGACGCCUACAAUCCUGAUUUCAAAUGGGGAUAUUGCCAUGGACCGAUCGAGGACCCAAACCCAGGCUGGACACCCCAGGCCUGGCUCGACCUCCAUGACGAAUCAAAGCCCGUCCUCGCCGCUCACAUCAAAGAAGACAUUCAACGGGGUCAUGGACCCCCGAACCCCAUGCUUCCCUGGUCUAAGGUGAAUACCUUGGUGUGUCCAGUUGUUAUAAAUCGUCGGCAGUGUGGCAUCGCCUUUCUCAACAAUGCUAGGAUGAAUAGGCAUUUCCGGGAGAAACAUACUGGCUGUUUUUUGCCACCAGACUCAGAAUCUAUAACAGCCGAGGAGAGGGCGGCCUCAAAUAAUAUCCUCGCGCGAUAUGUGUUAUCCACAGACUGGCGCGAAGCCCAAUUUGUUGCCGAACCCGGUCGCGGCCCGAUCCAAAGCAUAGUUGGGCAGCUCGCCGACAUCUGCAGUUUUCUUGCUAUCUUCUAG